AGCGCUCGGUCGGUAAACGGUGGGGAGCCUACGUCAUUCGGCUGUCCGUCUUUUAUUAGAUUAGUGGUUUUGUUUAUUUGGAUUGAUUUGUAGUCAUUCUGUCUUCCUAGCUGAAAUACCCGUUUAAGCCGGACACGGUCCGCACCCACCCUUCUAUCGUAACUUGGAUGUUCUGUUGCUGGGCCCCGCAAGAGGACUUCGGAAAAGGUCCGAUGGCUGCCAUACGAAAGAAAUUGGUGAUCGUGGGCGACGGUGCAUGCGGGAAAACUUGCCUGCUGAUUGUUUUCAGCAAGGACCAAUUUCCAGAAGUGUACGUGCCAACCGUUUUCGAGAACUAUGUGGCCGAUAUCGAAGUCGACGGAAAACAAGUCGAAUUGGCCCUAUGGGAUACAGCAGGACAGGAAGACUACGACCGUCUGCGUCCCUUAUCCUAUCCAGAUACCGACGUGAUCCUUAUGUGCUUCUCUGUGGAUUCUCCAGACUCGCUUGAAAAUAUCCCGGAAAAAUGGACUCCGGAAGUGAAACAUUUCUGUCCGAACGUCCCUAUCAUUCUGGUAGGUAAUAAGAAAGAUUUACGUAACGACCCCACAACUAUAAACGAGCUAAGAAAGAUGAAACAGGAGCCUGUCAAGCCUCAGGACGGUCGUUCGAUGGCAGAGAAAAUUAACGCCUUUGCUUAUCUCGAGUGCUCAGCUAAAAGUAAGGAAGGUGUGAGGGAAGUGUUUGAAAACGCCACUCGCGCCGCUCUUCAGGUGAAAAAGAAGAAGAAGCAUCGUUGCAUUUUGUUCUGAACAAGCACACAACACAAAAAAACAAGAAAGGCUAUUGUUUAUAUCUUUCUGAUUUUUGUGUUAUAUUUUGAAGUUUUGAGGGGCUAUUGCAUGUAUAUCUACUAACACAAACGAUCCCUAUUAUAUAUAUGUUUUACAAUUACAAUCUUAAGUUUACUACUGGUUCGAUUUUUUUUCUAGAUAGACCAUAUCUGCUUUAAGUUUGUAUAUCGUAGAUGUAAAGGUGUUGUAAUAAUUUUUUGUAGUAAAUAAUAAAAAAAAACAUGUUAUUAACAAAGUGUCCAGGCACAACAUUGUUACACAUCCUACAACAAUUUUUUGAAACUUAUAAAUAAUAAUUGGGACAGCCUCUUUGUAUUUUCUACAUAUGUUAUAGUUAUUGUAUUGAAAUUUUAGUUAAUGGUGUGUGUAGAGAGGAAAAAAAUAAGCUAAUCGAUGAAUAUAUAUAUUUAUACAUAUAUUUUUUAAAUUUUGGGUGAAACAAGAGUUAAUUUUUUUUAAAAGAAAUCAGUUUAGUUUUUCUUUCAUAUCGAUGAGAAUAUAUUUAGAAUCGGUUGUAUAGGAAGACUUUUUAGGAGGAUAAAUUUAUGAAUCGCGUAUUAAUGUAAUAGCUUUAACUUUUCCAUACUAUGAUGUAUACUAAAAUUAAUAAAAUUGUUUUUCCU